CCUAAUGUGAAAUCAAAAUAUUAGGUACAAAGUGCAUCAAACAAUACAAUAGAUUUCGUUUACCUAACUAAGAAGAACUAGGAAUUAAACAAUAAAACCGAUAGAUGCUGAAUUUUUUUUUUUCGGGCAGAAGGUAAGUGUUUCUGCUGCACAUCUGGUUACAGUAUUUUUGAUAGAGACCCGUUGCUUUACAGCAGCAAAAAGCAAUAUAUUGAAAUGGAUGCAUUCAUUUCCGUGGAUUUGACCUGAAAACCGCUAAAACAAACAGACAAAGCCCUGUUUUUUUGUCCUGGACUUCAAGCGAAUGGCUGUGCAUGCAGGGAUUUAAAUCAGUUGCAGGAUACAUCACAUCAGGCUUUUAUACUAGUUGUAAUGAACACGAGAUUCGUUCCCAGGCUCGCAAAUCAGCAACAGACGUGGGUUUAAAUCUGCAUCCAAAGGGCUUUCCUUGACCAGAAAGAACUAUUUUAUACAUUUUAUAUAUACCAGCUUGCACUUUGUGGACAGCUAAACUAUGUUUUUUAAGUUCAUCACGCCUUGUUGUAGAAUUACGUGUUUUUUGGAGGAACUGGCGGGCUUGAUGAUGUAGCAUCUAGAAUGGCACAAUGGAAACACAUCGAAACAUUGAUGCAACACAUCUCUUUAGCAAUUACAGAAAGAGACAGCAAAUUGAACUGAUUGGCGAGUGGGGAUCCUUCUUCUACACCAAAGCGGAUUAGUCCACAUCACUGGCUGUCUCUCAGCCAGCAAAACUGGGCAUGCUCUCUGCGCACUGUUCCCCAGGCCAAACGGGAAACAGCACCAGGACAAAAAAAAUACUGUACAUUGAAAUCAGUAGUGGCAUGACUGUUUCAGAUUGUGUAAACCGCAGGCAAAGCUGAGGGAAUAUGCCAUUCUAUAGCCACUAUAUACUUCAUAGAGUAAACCGUUUUUUCAAAUAUUUGUUUUCUUAUAGAAAAAAAUAUGUAUUAUUAAUGAUAACGCGCAUGGAAACAAAUUGUAUAUUUAAUAUUCAUUGUGUUUAUUAUACAGUCAUAUAAAAAGGAAAGCUCGUUUUCAAGUAGGCCUAGCAAAUGACCACUGACUACUAGAAUCAGAAAAUAUCCAAUGUCAUUAAUUUACAGCUGAGCUUGAGUUAGUAGCCUACUACUACUGUGAACCAACACUAUAUUGAAAUAUAUUGAUCUUGGUGCCUGCAUAGUAAGUUUAACACAUACGAUGUGUAACAUUUAAUAUUAUUUAAAGGACUGAUGGAAAUCCAAGUUGCUGUUAUGUGUUGCGUGUUCUACCUUAAUCUGUUCUAUAGAUAACUCGUGAUUGGAGAGUAACUGAACUCACAGAUUAAACUGGACCUACAGGAUUAUUUGUGUACAGGUUGAUCCAUCUCAAAGCACAUUAGAACACAAGCAUCCAGUCACCUACACAUGCCACUGCAGACUGAUAAUCACAUGUCUUCAAUCACUAUUGGCUGAGUCAUCUGGGAAACGAUGUACAGUCAUACAUUAGCCUUUAUAAAUCGGGAAACUCUGAUACAGAACCUUCUAAUAAUAAGCAAAAUAACACAACAAUCUGCAGAAUAAUCCUUGCAUUUUUACGAGGUGCGAGUGUCGGUUUCCCAUAAUAAUAUGCAAAAUCCCUGCCUUCAAAAAAGCGACUGUAAAGGAGUAGUAUUAAUUGAAAAAUGUAAAUUGGAUGAAGGAAUAAUGAACGAAGGAGCUCAGUGUGUGACUACAAACCAUCCUGGCACAGAGGUUACAGUAGAGAAAGGGUUCGGUUUUAAAAAUUUAAAUGCUGACACACCCCCUGUUCCUCAAGGAGGGGGCCAGUUUAGCAAGAGUGCUGUGUUGAAACAAGAGUCUAUUGAAAAUGUGCCAGAAAGGAAAACGCAAGAAACCCAGGCAAGCUGUCGACAGAGAUCCAGAGUGGCCAGCAAAGGAUUAGGUAAUGCAAUGGACGCGGCAGUGAAGAGACGACAGGACUUGGACGCCGAGAAAUAUUAUAGGCGAAACACUGGCGCAGAACAAAAUAUAAACGAAAAGGCAUGGGAGUUCUUUCAGGACAAUUCUGAUUUUCAAACUUUGCAAAUUACGUCACCUGAUAGCCCGAGAGGUGUGGGUGAACAUGUGCAACCCUGUAGAACUUCUCACCUAGCGUCUCUUGACCCAGCUCAAGGCCAGGAUAAUUCGAUUGACAGGAAUGGAAUGAGAGAGGAAACCAACGGCGACGCACAGAGUGAAGUGUCCAGUAGGCUGAGCCCUUCCUUAUUCAUUUCUGCCGUAACUAAAGACAAGACGGAAAGGAGCUGUUCAUUAAGUAAAGAAACCCAAAUUGUUAAAAGUCAGUGUCAAAUUAAUAAUGCCAAUGCUACAUUGGAAGAGGAGGGGACCUCAGCGCCUAUUACUUAUUGUAUCCAAAUGGAAACAGAGCCAAGAAAUGAGUUGGGUCAUUUGGUCAGUCCGGGCUACACAAGUGAUAAGAGCGAAUUUGAAACAAUACGAGGAAAUACAAACCUGGAAAUAACUCAGGGACGUUGGGAAAGUGGAAAUGGCGUCCAAAAUCUCUAUAGUUUCAAAGAGCCGGAUUUAGUGAUUGAAGUGGCUGGAAAGAAAAUCCGGGCGCACAAAUCCAUUCUGGCAGAGAAAAGUGAUUAUUUCAAAGCACGUCUUUCAAGAGACAUUCUGAAAGUGAAAGGGGUAAGUUAUAAAACUUUAACAGUUCUGAUAGAUUAUAUAUAUUCUUCUAGAAUGGCGGUUAACAAAGAGAAUGUGGUAGAUGUCAUUACCGGGGCCAAAAUUCUGCAAAUCCCCUGCGCAGUAGAGUCUGCAAUGGACACGAUGAUGAGUCAGAUAACGAUGGAGAACUGCUAUGAAAUUUUAAGCAUAGCCAAAAAGCAAAGGUUACAUGAGCUAAAGGACACCGCGUACAGAUUUAUGAGUGAUAACUUUUUGCAGAUUUUAAGGGAUUCUGCUGUAUAUGGACGUUUAACAGGAUCUGAGAGGGAUUUGAUUCUGAAAGCAAGAAUGCAAGGGAACAAAUGCCUAAUGGUGGCUGAAAUAAACGAUGUUUACGACCGCGUCGGCAGCAGACCUCAAAGCAGAGAUAACAGCCGUCCACAGAGUCCACUGUCUAUAGUUUCUUUUGAGGAAAAUCAUUUGAUUUAUUACUAUAAUGAAGCAAUUAAAGACUGGAGACAGUUGACUCGGAUGCCAGAGGAGGUAAACACAAAAGGGUGUGGAAUUUGCACCAUGUACAACUACCUUUUUAUAGCAGGUGGAAUAAAGGGACACGGCGACAAAGGGAAGCUUUCGGAUAAAGUGUUUUGCUACAACCCUAUUACUGAUAACUGGAGCGAAAUUAGACCACUAAAUCAACCUAGAUCUCAGCUGAAACUCGUCUCGGCGGAUGGCUAUCUGUAUGCAAUAGGGGGUGAAUGUCUGUUCAGUGUGGAGAAGUACGACCCUAGGAUCGACAGAUGGAGCCCUGUCGCUCCCCUGCCUAAAGGAGCAUUUGCAGUGGCGCAUGAAGCAACUACCUGUAACGGAGAGAUCUAUGUCUCCGGAGGAUCCCUCUUUUAUCGCCUUCUUAAAUACGAACCGAAAAGGGACGAGUGGCAGGAAUGCCCGUACAACAACAGCAGAAAGAAAUCGACAGACAUGGUUGCUUUUAAAAAUUUCAUCUAUAGGUUUGACGUUAACCGUGACCAGGGUGUCAAUGUUUUCAAAUACAACACCAUUGUGAAACUGUGGAAGGACAGCGCCUCUUUGCGACAGAGCAACCCAUUGCCUUUCAGAUGCGCAGUCAUAGGCAACUGCAUUUACUGUGUAAACAAAUCCCACACGCUGCAGUUCAUUGUGGAGGAGGACACCUCACGAUUUGGACCAGAGGAGCUUAAAGCUCCUUUUGAGGCUAAGGGAGUUCUCAUUCCCUUUAUACUCAGCCUUCCUGAGAAGUCUGAUAAAAGCACAUAAUGGUGCUGCGGUGUGGUACCAAGACAGAAUGUGAGCCAAGGUGACGAUCAGAUGCGUUACAUUAUGUACCUUAACUUUGAUCUGUGUUGGGUGGGGUAUGUUUGUAACUUAAAUGCAAGUGUUUCUUAUGCAUGGCGAUAGGUUUUUGAAUACAUUUUUAUAAUAAUGUUUCCUUGGUUUAACCAAAUGCAUUAUUAAUCAUUAAUUUAAACGAUUAACUACGGAGUAUGUACAGUUGUGUUAUGUAAUCUUACUUUAUUUCAAUGUCUUAUUUUUAUUUUACUUGGAUGGUAUUAGUUUUAAAACAGCAUGGAUCCUGCUUUGCUGUUACAAUUUCUUCUUCAGAUUACUUUAUAGUCACCUUGUAUUUGGUAUAACAGGCAACGUGACAAAAAAUGAUUUUGUAAUCAUGAAAGCAGGGGUGGAAACUGCAUUGCAGACAUUUACAGUAAUCAUGCUAACACAUUAUUUCAGAAAAUAAAAAGGUUAAGAAGCUUCAAAUAAAUAACCCAGGAGGUUCAGUAAAGAGCUGUCUUACAGUUGGUUCUUGUUGGUUCUGUGACAUUAACAUUAGCAGUUGUUUUUUCUUUUACAAAAACAUGGUAGCAUGGUGGUAUAUGUUUUGUGAAUAUGAACAUUUAUGUUACCAUUUUGUCUGUUGACUUUUUUCUAUAUUUUUAGAGAAGAGGUAUUUCAUGCAAAAUGGUGAUGUAUUUUUGUGACAAACGAACACGUUAUUUCUUUUAUAAAAAGCACUUUUGCAGUGUCAGACAUUGUAUUUCAAUAAUUAGCUUGUGUGGUGGUAACUUCAUAAGCUAUGACUGCACCAAUCGAACCCUAAUUGUCUUUGCAACUACAGUACAAAUCUUUAUCUUAACAGGUUGAACCAGAAAUGUAUUUAAAGACGUAGAAUAGAACAGAAUUUUUUCAGUAUGUAGACUUACGUUUUAAAAGACAGCUGUUUUUACAGCUGUGUUUUCUUUGUUUGUUUUUGUUGUUUUUUUACAGUGGUAAAAUGUUACCACUGUUAGCUGAAUUGUAUUGUAUUGUAAAUAGUUGUGUUUUGGACUUGAUGUGUUGUAAAAAACAAAACAAAAAAGUUUUAAAAACAGCUUUACUGACUUUGCACAGCUUUCUAAUUGUCUAUUGUAUUUAUUAACAGUUAACAAAAAUGGCUUUCAAACUGUUUGAUAAUGUAUCCCAGUUAUAUAUAAAUAAAAAGGUGCUGCAAUAAAAUUGUUCUGAAACUCUA